AUGACCGAAAAAGUUGAUAACGCCCCUUCUGCUCCUGAGGAUGUGGAGACCUUCGCUUUUCAGGCUGAGAUCGCUCAAUUGAUGAGUCUGAUCAUCAAUACGUUUUAUUCCAACAAGGAAAUCUUUUUGAGAGAGUUGGUUUCUAACGGCUCUGACGCCCUCGAUAAGAUUCGUUACAAGAGUCUCACUGAUCCACAUGUUCUUGAUUCUGAGCCAGAGCUGUGUAUCAAGAUUAUCCCAAACAAAGCUGAGAAUACUCUCACUAUUAUUGAUACUGGCAUUGGCAUGACAAAGGCUGACUUAGUCAAUAACCUUGGUACAAUUGCUCGUUCAGGAACCAAGGCCUUCAUGGAGGCGCUGAACGCUGGAGCCGACAUCUCCAUGAUUGGUCAAUUUGGUGUGGGCUUCUACUCUGCCUAUCUGGUUGCCGACAAGGUGCAGGUUAUUUCAAAGAACAACGACGAUGAGCAAUACUUAUGGGAGUCGUCCGCUGGCGGCUCUUUCACAAUUCGACCACAUAAUGAAAAGAUGGGUCGAGGUACGAAGAUAAUCCUUCACAUUAAGGAAGAUCAAUCUGAGUAUCUUGAAGAGCGUCGUCUCAAGGAAGUCGUAAAGAAGCACUCUCAGUUUAUCGGCUAUCCCAUUAAGCUCUAUGUUGAAAAAGAGAGGUCCAAAGAAGUUCCCGAUGAAGAAGCUGAAGAAGAAGAAGAAGCUAAGGAUGAUGGUGAAAAGAAGGAGGAAACUGAAAAGCCCGAGGUUGAGGAUUUGGAUGAUGACGAUACCGGAGAUGAAGCUGAAGACGGUGAAAAGGGAGAAAAGAAAAAGAAAAAGAAGACAAAGACCAUUAAGGAGAAAUAUAUUGAUGAGGAAGAGUUGAAUAAGACCAAGCCUUUAUGGACCCGGAAUUCCGAGGAUAUCAGCAAGGAGGAGUAUGGCGAAUUCUACAAGUCUUUGAGCAAUGACUGGGAAGAUCAUUUGGCGGUUAAACACUUCUCCAUUGAGGGUCAGCUCGAGUUCCGUGCUCUUCUUUUUGUUCCAAAGCGGGCUCCAUUCGAUUUGUUCGAAAAUAGGAAAAAGCGCAAUAACAUCAAGCUGUACGUGCGUCGUGUUUUCAUCAUGGAUAACUGCGAGGACCUUAUACCUGAGUACCUGAACUUCAUUCGUGGUGUUGUUGACUCUGAAGAUCUACCCCUCAACAUUUCUCGUGAGAUGUUGCAGCAAAAUAAGAUCCUCAAGGUUAUUCGCAAGAAUCUUGUAAAGAAAUGCAUCGAACUCUUCGAAGAGUUAGCCGAGGAUCCCGAGACUUACAAAAAAUUCUACGAGCAAUUCUCCAAGAAUAUUAAACUAGGCAUCCAUGAGGACAGCACCAAUCGUAAGAAGCUCUCUGAUCUCCUUCGCUACUAUUCGACAUUAAGUGGUGAUGAAAUGACCAGUCUUAAGGACUACGUCUCUAGAAUGAAGGAGAAUCAGAAAGAUAUCUACUAUAUCACUGGUGAGAGUAAAGAAUCCUUGGUUGAUUCCAGCUUCGUGGAAGUGCUUAAGAAGCGUGGCUUGGAGGUUCUCUACAUGUGCGACCCCAUUGACGAGUAUGCCGUUACUCAGUUGCGCGAGUAUGAUGGUAAGAAGCUGAUCUGUGUCACUAAAGAAGGUCUCGAGCUUCCUGAAGAUGAGGAAGAAAAGAAGAGGUUCGAGGAGGUUAAGGCCGCCUUUGAGCCAACAUGCAAAAAGAUCAAGGACAUUCUGGGCAAUAAGGUUGAGAAGGUCAGUGUCUCCAACAAGUUGGUUACCUCUCCCUGCUGCAUUGUUACUUCUACCUUUGGUUGGUCAGCCAACAUGGAACGUAUCAUGAAGGCUCAGGCUCUCCGUGACUCCAGCACCAUGGGGUACAUGUCUGCCAAGAAACACUUGGAGAUCAAUCCUGACCACAAAGUCAUGAUCCGUCUUAAGGAAAUGUUGUCUGCUGAUGGUGAACCGAACAAGAUCUGCAAAGAUCUCAUCAAUAUGCUCUUUAGCACUGCCCUCCUUACCUCUGGUUUUACUCUGGAGGACCCUAAGGCCCAUGCCAACAAGAUUCAUGAAUUAAUUAGCAUGUGCCUCGAAAUUCCUGAGGAUGAAACAAUGAAGGAUGUUGCGGAAGACAAGACCGCAAGUGAUGGUACUUCUGCACCCGUUGAGGCCGGUGAUGAUGGAAAUGCUAUGGAGGAAGUCGAUUAA